AUGGCCUGUCCAUUUCUGGAUGAGGACAUUGUGGAUGAAGGGGCAAACAUAGUCCGCAGGGCACUCAUUCCACCUGUACCUAGAGUAUUUAGGAACAGGAAUGAUCCCUUAGCUGCCUCUGAUGAUUAUCUCUAUGGAAGAUACAGGUUCAGUCGGCAGGGCCUUGUAUACCUGACCAACCUGCUAGAUCCUUACAUUGCUAAGUACACCCGGCGCAGCAGAGCCCUUUCCUCUGUGCAGUCUGUCUGCAUUGGCCUGCGAUUUUUUGCGUCGGGUACAUUUCUGUACACUAUAGGUGACGCAGAGGGACUGGCAAAGGCAACUGUGUGCAGGGAAAUCCGUAAGGUGUACCUUGCCUUAAAAGCACACAUGAAUUUCUUCAUCACCUUCCCAGGACAUCUUCCAGAGCAGAGGAUAAAGGAAGCUUUCUUUUCCGUUGCUGGCUUUCCAAAUGUCCUGGGUGCAAUAGAUUGCACCCAUGUGAAAAUUAUAGCCCCUCCAGGUCCCGAAGAGAGGGAUUACAUCAACCGAAAACGGUUUCACAGCCUUAAUAUUCAGAUGAUCUGCGAUGCCAGCUUCCUGAUCACGAACAUUGAGGCCAGAUGGCCUGGAUCUGCCCACGAUGCCCUUAUUUACAGGGCAUGGGAGUUCAAUGGGAUCCUGCUGGGGGACAGGGGCCCCUCUUCCUCACCUCCUGAUUCCAUAUUCAGAUCCGGGGACAGCUUCAGAGAGGGCAUUCAAUCUGUCACACAACCGCACAAGGGCCCGCGUGGAGAUGAUGUUUGGGCAACUGAAAUCUCGCUUCAGGUGCCUUAA